AUGAGUGAUCCUCAGCCUUUGGAAGAGGAGUCAUACGAUAUGUCAGGCACCCGCCUGGCCCUGACACUGUGCGUCACCAAAGCCCGGGAAGGUUCUGAGGAAGAUAUGGAAGCCCUUGAACAUAUGUUCCAGCAGCUGGGAUUUGAAAGUACCAUGAAGAGAGACCCCACUGCCAAGCAAUUCCAAGAAGAACUGGAUAAAUUCCAGCAGGCCAUGGAUGCCCGGACAGAUCCCAUCAGCUGUGGCUUUGUGGUACUCAUGGCGCAUGGGUUAGAAGGCCAACUCAAGGGGGAAGAUGGCGAAAUGGUCAACCUGGAUGACCUCUUUGCUGUCCUCAACAACAAGAACUGCCGGGCCCUGAGGGGCAAACCCAAGGUGUACAUCGUGCAGGCCUGUCGAGGAGAGCAUAAGGACCCUGGAGAAGUAGUAGGUGGAGAUGAGGUCAUGAUGAUCACAAAGGACAAUACUAAAACCAUUCCAACCUUCACGGAUUUCCUACACAUCUUUUCUACCAUAGAGGGGUACAUUUCCUACAGACAUGACAAGAAAGGUUCCUUCUUCAUCCAGACAUUGGUUAAAGUGUUUACCGAGAGGAAAGGACCCAUCCUGGAGCUUCUGACAGAGGUAACACGGAGGAUGGCUGAAGAAGAACUGGUUCAGGGAGGGAAGGCGAGGAAAGUGAAUCCUGAAAUCCAAAGCACCCUUCGAAAACGUCUCUAUCUGCAGAAGUAG